AUGCAGGAACAGCUGCCGUCGUCCUUUCGAGAAGACGUCGCUUUGCUGUCCUCGGUCCCCGCAUACCAGAGUGUGACUGGCACUCCGAUAUUUGUCCUUCACCACGUAACCGUGUCUUCUGAGAAUCUGCUGUUUCUCAGUCCGUUGAUUUCUCUUGUUGUCCUGGGGAUCUUGUGGAAGCUUUCCCCUGGGCGACUACGCGGAUCUCACCCCUCUGGCCGCGCUAAUACGCGUGGUAUUAGCGGAUUGGCACCGUCGGAUGAAGAAAACGCUGCAUAUGUAUUAGUAUCCGCAAAGGGAGACCUCUGUCAGGGUUUCGGGUCAGCAGGAACGUUUCAAAGUCGGGGCGAUACAGCUAGAUCGCGGUCCAAGUACGCGGUCUGGGUAGCGGCUACCAUAUUUCUUACCGCGAUGUUGUUCAGUCAUGCUUCUCUCCUUGCCUUAACUGGGUAUCUCCCAGGUGUGCUAUCGCUUGGAAAUCUGGAGAAUGUGCGCCGCCAAUCUUCAUCUGCAAGUGCUGCUGGGCCACUGGAUGUUUUCCAGGUCUAUCAACCCGUCACGUUUGAUCCAGCAAGCAAUAAUGCCUGCAAUCAAGAAAUCCUGCUCAUGGAACAUCAAUUUGCAGCUAGUUAUGGGCAUCCGUUUGUAGGCAACUAUGAACCGCCUCAAUGUGACUUUGAUACAACAAGAAUCAAUCUCACCGUCACAUCUAAAGGCCGUCAGUUUGACCGCCUGGCACUGAUGUUUCUUGGAGACGUAGAAGUCUUUCGGACAUCCACUGCUGAGCCUACUACUAACGGGAUUGUGUGGACGUACAUCAAGGAGAUGUCUCAGUACAACACACUCUGGAAACAACCCCAGAAGUUGAUAUUCGACCUGGGGAAUCUUAUCGACAACACCUAUACUGGUCCCUUCAAUGUGACGCUGACAGCAUCGUUUACGCACCAGAACAACGUUAAAACAGCAGACGUCAUUCUGCCCAUCUCAUCGCGGAAGUCAUCCAGCAAUUCCUCGAGCGCUUUCACUGUUCCAUCUGAUAAUACGACCGUGGCUUACAGCAUUCCUGGAAACGUCUCUCGUGCCAUCGUAUCCAUUUCAGCAUGUGGACAGUCAACGGAAGAAUUCUGGUGGUCUAAUGUGUUUUCAUCCAACACGGCAGAUUUCACACAAACUGCCGGCGAGCUGAACGGCUAUUCGCCCUUCCGUGAAGUCCAACUUCUGAUCGAUGGGAUACUGGCCGGAGUUGUAUGGCCCUUCCCUGUCAUCUUUACAGGAGGGGUUGCGCCGGGUUUCUGGCGUCCGAUUGUGGGCAUCGAUGCAUUUGACCUCCGAGAGCCGGAAAUCGAUGUCACGCCGUUCAUUCCUCUGCUUACUGAUGGGAAAAGUCACACCUUCGAGAUCAAAGUCCUAGGGCUUGAUACCUCUGCAAAUGGAACCGCUGCGUUGUCCAAUACAGUUGGUUCAUAUUGGGUGGUCACGGGAAAGGUGUUCCUUUAUUUUGGAGAUACCGUCAUUCAUGGGAAAGGUCGUCCUCAGAUCAGCGCCCCGGAGCCCCAAUUCUUUAUCACACGGAAUCUCGUCCAAAACGCGCAAUCCGGCGCGAACGAGUCGCUCUCCUAUUCAGUUAGGGCUGAGAGGAAUCUGACAGUCCGAUCAUCUUCCUUUCUAUGGAGCCAGACUCUAUCGUAUUCAAAUUUUGGUUUACUUACCCAGCAAGGUAUCAGUCAGCGGAACAACCAAAGCACCGUCGGUACGGUAUCAGCAACGAGUAUCGGCAGUGGUAGAGGGUCAAUCGAGAGCUAUACGACGUUUAGCUAUCCACUGGACUGCAAUUCAACCUACGGGAUUACCGAUGAGACGACAUCUAUCGACGCCACAAUUAGUCGUGGUCUUGAUAUUGACUCCAAUGGCGGCCCCGGCAUAUCAACCUACACUCUCACAUCGGGGCCUUCGACGCUACAUACAAAGCAGUAUGGAGAGGCACAUUAUUUCUCCACAUCUGGUGGUAGCUCCUCAUCAGGUGAGACAACAGAUAUCUUUAAUGGUGAUGAUGGCUACCAGAGAUACGUCAAGGCAGUCAAUGGGACUGUCGUCAGCGAUACCCCAGCAGGUCAAGAGUCAUCGGCUCGUCUCUUGAAAUCCCCUGGCAGCGGACAGUUCUGUCUUGGCAGGAACAGUGUCAGGAGCAUUUUAGGAAGAGGGCCCAGCACACCAUUUGUUUAA